AAUUAAUAGAAACCCCAAACGACCAAAUCCCAAUCAAUUUUCCCAUAUCCUCCCAAGUCCCAAACCCCAAUCCCUCAUCUUCACUUCACCAAGUCAUCAAGCAAAAAAGAGAAAUGUCAGCAUUUGUGAACAUAAACCCUCUAAAACCCAUAAAAUACACUACUCAAACUCGGCGUUACUCGCCAAAACUCGGACGGAACUCAGUGAGGUGCGAGUCAAGUACAGAGGUUACGACAGAAAAGCGGCAAAUAAAGGUAAGUAACGGCAACAAUUCGCUGGAAAUAUGCCGAGUUUUAAACGGAAUGUGGCAGACAAGUGGUGGUUGGGGACGUAUUGAUAGAAACGACGCCGUUCAAGCCAUGCUUCGUUAUACUGAUGCUGGUCUUUCUACCUUUGACAUGGCUGAUCACUAUGGACCUGCUGAAGAUUUAUAUGGAAUCUUCAUAAAUCGAGUCCGCCGUGAGCGCCCACCUGAGUUGUUAGAAAAGGUCAGAGGUCUCACAAAAUGGGUUCCAUCACCAGUUAAAAUGACUAGAAGUUUUGUAGAAGGGAGCAUUGAUGUUUCAAGGAAAAGAAUGGAUGUUGAGUGCUUGGACAUGCUUCAAUUCCACUGGUGGGACUAUGCCAAUACUGGGUAUCUUGAUGCGUUGAAACAUCUUACGGAUCUGAAAGAUGAAGGAAAAAUUAAGACCGUGGCUCUUACAAAUUUUGAUACGGAAAGGUUGCGCAUAAUUCUUGAAAAUGAGAUUCCUGUUGUUAGCAACCAGGUGCAACAUUCACUUAUCGACAUGCGUCCUCAGCAGAGAAUGGCAGAGCUUUGUCAGCAAACAGGAGUCAAACUUAUAACGUAUGGAACAGUUAUGGGUGGGCUUCUAUCUGAGAAAUUCCUCGAUACGAACUUGGCCAUUCCUUUUGCGGGUCCUUCACUUAAUACUCCCUCCCUGCAGAAGUACAAAAGGAUGAUUGAUGCAUGGGGAGGAUGGAGUCUUUUCCAAACAUUGCUUCAAGUGCUUAACAAAGUAGCCAGGAAGCAUGGUGUGUCCAUUUCAACUGUUGCUGUUAAGUACAUACUGGAUCAGCCAGCUGUAGCAGGCUCCAUGGUAGGUGUAAGACUCGGGCUGUCAGAGCAUAUUAAGGAUGUCAACGCUGUUUUUUCACUUGUUCUUGAUGAGGAAGACGUUGACAGCAUCCGUGAAGUGUCCAGUAGGGGGAAGGAUCUCAUGAGAGUGAUUGGUGAUUGUGGAGAUGAAUAUAGGCGCGCCUAACACAUAGAUACAGCUGCAUUUCAUGGUUCAUCUUUCUUCCUGUAUGGAGGAACGAAUACUAGUAUCAUAGGAACAUUAUGUGUACAUUGCCGAACAUUAUGUGUACAUUGCCGGAUUUUCGUAUAUGAUCAAAAUUCUUGUAUACAGUGUAAUAGCAAUCAGCAAUUGAGAACUUGAUGCUGCAAUGAGUAGCUGUACAUUUUUGGCUUACAAAUAUAUUCAAAGAUGUUCCCAAUACUUUGUAUUUGAUGAAAGAUAUUUUAUACACU